AUUUUCGAAUAAACAAAGCAAACAAUAGGACUUUGUUAUCGUCUGUGGUUUGAGUUGUCGCCUUUUCUUGAUUUGAUUUCCGCAGUAGAGUUCUUUUGUGUUCUUUCCGUUGUUUCGCUUCUGGCCGGCUCAGAAAAAAAAACAAGCAAAUCGAACUGAUAACAAACGAAGCAAGCGCUGAUUAUUCCAACGUCGUCAAGCUUCACCUAGAAUCGUUCAAAAAAAUGUCGCGCAAGGACAGUACAAUUCAACCAGCGGAGGAACCAAAAGCAUUCUUUAUCUGGAACCAUCAUCUGACGCCGACGACUACCGUUAUUGGAGGAUCAACAUUAGAAGAUUUGGCCAAAUUUAACAUUGUUUACGGAACGCAAUCGACGGAUCGUUCAUCCCUGCUGGUAGGAGAAGUUAUCCCAGUCAGUCAAGUAUCAGAGUUCGACGAACCGGAAGAAAUGGAAGGUUCUUUGGCAAACCCGAAAGGCCCUGCUUAUAAUAUCAUACAGAACAAAUUGAACCUAUGCGAAAAACGGGGUCCCAAAUUCAUUUGCCGAGAAUGUCGGUAUGUUGUUCAUACCCGGCUAAGUAUGGUUACACACAUGAAAAUGCACCUUAAACCGUUCUGUGAGGUCUGCUUCAGUUUGUUCGAUUCGAAGGAUGCUGUGCGUCGUCACAUUGAGUCGGCCCAUCCGGAGGUAGUCCUCCGUGACCGUAGUCCCCCGCCACCAUCCAGUGACUUCUACUGUUUUCAAACGGUCGCUCCACCAAAUACACCGACCCCCAUAUCUGACGAUGAGAUGGCAACGUUCGAAGAAUUGAUCAAUCCUAUCGUCAAAUUCCCGGUCAAUGUGGCUGCGGUUCAUAAGCUAUUGCAUAAUGAAGAUACGGAUGGAGUGAGCACCGAAGACGAACAACGAUUGGUCAUCGAUGAUGGUUCGACACCCGGUCCAAGUCGUGGGCGUCCCGUACGUCCCAAAAAAACGCCUACCUUGAAACGUACACUGAAGAAGAAACCCAACAAGGUUAAAAUAAAGGAUGUCACCGCCACUCCGGAUAGUGUCAUGAAGAAGAUCACUUCUCGCUUUGGACGGUCCAUCAGUCUGAAGAUGCCUCAAUACUGAGGUAAUUGUUUUUUUUACUAAAUAUUACGGUUUCAUUGUUUUGUAAUAUGAAUUGAACUAUCUGGAGUUGAAGAAGAUUAU